CACUGAUUACAUUCUCAUUGUUUACCAAAUACAUUUACUGUACUUAGAACGACAUUGGUGCUUUUGUGUUUACCCUUUUACCCUGCCCACAGUACCGGACGAGCUCGUGAUAGUCCCGCCUCUUUCUUUGAUGUGCCCGAGCAAAGAGCUAGAGCUGGGAGCGAGCGUUAUUGAACAAGGAGAAGAGAGGUGAAGGACACUCUUCGUCGGGAUUACGUCUCGGUGGUGAGUAAAGAUGGUGGUUCCCGAGAAUGCCACCGAGAUACAGCAAUUAGGUCACAGUGCUGCGACUGAGCUGGGAGGUGGACCAGGUCCUGAGUUUGAGGCUGACCAGAAUCAGUCUGAGAAAGAACUGGAGGAGGUCCGUAAGCUGCAGGACCUGGUGAGGAGGUUGGAGAUCCAGAACCAGCAGCUCAGGAACCGGGGAGUGAAGAGCAUGGGGGCCAACAGCAACCUUACAACGACAGGGAACAUAAAUGACAGGACCAUGGGAGGCUUGACAUUAACUGAGGGGGUUGCAAACAAAACUGUCCUGUUACAGCCUGAUGGGAACAUUAACUUGAGCAAUACCGUCACAAACUUGGACAUGCACCUUCAUGACAGCAAUAGCAGCAUAGAUAAGUUGACCAACCUAGAGCAUGUCAAUGACUUGGAGGUGGACCAGUGUGACAAUGUCAACAGCUAUUUGAACCUGCCAAGGAGUAACGACGAGGUGUCCUGUGACAAGGUCUCCUCCACAGCAGAGCUGACACACUCUGACUGUGAAGGAGAUCCUGGUGCUGAGGAGAAACUGGACCAGUCGGCUCUGGACGAGGUGGAGGUUUUGAACCUGGAGGAUGGUGAUGGUGAGGAUGAAGAAGAUAGUUGGUUGUACGUGUCUCCCAAGAAGCUUUUAGCAGGACAGCGACCCGAGAGCCCUCUGAAGUGGUGCCGUCAGGUCCUGGACCACCCCAGCCCAGAGACUGAAGUAGCAUGCCGCACCCUCAUGGGUCGCCUUGAUCAGACGACCCGGUGGAAGAACAUUUACAGCAGCCCAUCCCAGUGUGCUUCUAGCUCCACCUCAGAAGUGGGCUGUGCUAGCAAUGCCUUAAACUCUCCUGGGUAUCUCAAAUCGACUAACAAAACACUACUAACCUGUGGCAGCUCAGGCUACAUGAGCAUGCACUCUGCCCUGAGUUCCCAGUCCUCUGUUGACAGCGAGCAGAGCACCUCUGAUGACUCAAUUUCAAUGGGAUACAAACUGCAAGACCUCACUGAUGUACAGAUUAUGGCUCGCUUACAAGAAGAAAGCCUGCGUCAAGACUACGCCUCUAGCUCUGCCUCAGUGUCUCGACGUAGCUCCAGUGCCUCAUUGCACUCACUACGCAGGGGAACUUACAGUGACCAGGAGUUCGAUACCUACAGCCUGGAGGAUGAAGAGGAGGAUUGCUCAUUGUCUUACCGCAGCAACUACCGCUACUCCCCCUCCCCACUCAGCUCCCCUCGCUGCCAGUCUCCCAGUGCCAUGGCAGAGUACAGCAGAGCCACUGCCCCACAUGCCCGACCCCCACGUAGAUCCCUUCAGGGACCUGCCCCUGAGCUGGUCAGAUUUGCCAAGAAUGAAGAUGAAAUGCGGCGCAGCAUGCCCAACCUGGCCCGUACCAGCCUGCGCUCCCUGGAAGCAGUGAGGAACAGCCGCAGUGUAGAGUCCAACCUGCAAGUGCCCGGAAGCCGAAUCUCCCGCUUGCAGCACACUUCCACAGGUUUGCCUUCCAGUAAGCUGCGUGGCCCCUCUACUAGUAGCCAGUCACCAUUGUCAGUCCGUGCACCUGUGAAACCUGUGGGACAUGCAGGCUCUAUAGGGGCAUCCAGGCAGCCUCUGAAAGCAGCAGCAGUCUUAGGAGGCCCUUCUGGGGGCAUCUGCAGGAUUCAGUCACCCACGUGCUCCAUUUCAGGCUCCACGGGGGGAGUCUCAUCCACCAGCAGGAGCAUUGGAGUUGGAGGAAAGCACACCCAGGGCCGAACCCACACCUCCCUUGGGGGUCCCACUGGCUCACCCAGGGGAAGGCUGCCCCAGCCUUCCAGGAGGUCUCUGGGCUUAACGAAAACCUGCAGCCCUGUCAGAGAUGAGUCCUGGAAGGAUGGAUGUUACUGAAAACCCAGAGAGCUCUCCCAGUUCCCCGCUGAACACAAAGAUACACAUCAGCAGCUCCUAUUGAAGCACAAACCCAGCCGGCUGGGCCACAAGCUCUGUAUCAGACAUUAGAAAAUAUGCAUUCCUGCUUAGCAGGAGACACUCUGGCUGGUAUUUUUAAACUUCAAGUAAUCUGUGUAUAAACAUCUCCACAUUUUCAGUUCCCCGAACCAUAAAAGAUGGUGGACUUUUUAAAUUGUGUUUUGUUAGACUGCUGGAUGGAAAACUUUUUUUUCUGAAGCAGAAAUCAUUUUGUAAUCUCGAACAGAAAUUUUUAGUCAUCUUUUGCUACGGUGUAUAUAAGGAUUGUUCUUGAGGGCAAGUGAAAAAAAUGUCCUUUGCUGCAGAGAUCACAUAUUGCUACUCCAAGUAAAAAUGUCAACGUACUGUAUGAAAAUGCCAUCAAAUAGUGUCAUUUUCAUGACUGGGGGGGAUGCUCUUUAAAUCUAGUUUUAGUCUGUAGUGCUUCAGAUGAGAGGUGAAACUAUGCUUACAAAUGUCUGUCCCUUUUUAUCACAAAUACAUGUUUUGCUAGCCAUGACACUGCACUACUUUACUGUUAGCCACACAGUCACCACAAAACCAUUUUUUAUAAAAAAAAAUAAAUAAAAAAAAUCUGUGUUUUAUUGUUCAAGCCAAAUUAUAUUAGAUGUCUGUCUGCCAAGUGUUUGGUUUGCAUAGAUUUUGAAUCUGGGCAUAUACAGAGAUGUCUGUGCAUCUAUACAUUUUUGCAGGUGCAUAUGGUGAAUGUAGGUCUUGUUGAUCUACUUUUUCAUGAAACUGGCUAGUUACAAUUAUGAGUGGCUACAUGUUGCUAACAUACUUUAAACAAUUAAAUGGCUUGUUUUUAGAAGAAGAAAAAAAGUACUGCAACCCAAAUUACAGAAACAUAAGAAUUUUUUGUGACAUAUCUGGGUUGAAUUGAACAAGGAGGCCUUUUCAAACUCUUGUGGAGUCUAUAAUUAAGAUUCUUUCACUUCUGAAGUGACGGUUGUGCUAUCGGAAGUUAACAGAUCUACACUAAGCAUUUGGGUUCUGAAGGCUGCAUCACCAUUGUUUUGUUAAAUUGUCUUAAUAAUGCUCUUUAUUUUUAUAUAGCACCUUUCAUAGUUGACCACCAU